CAGUGACGUGGCGGCGCGUGCUGUCACUGCCUCGUGACGUCAUCGGGGUUUACCCCCUUCCCAUCUGCUCCGAGCAGCAACAGUAAUAUUACCCCGUCAUAGGAAGCUGUAGACACGGACACCACGUCUGCCAGCACGCUGGGUAUGCUUUAAACAUGUCUGAUAAAGACAGCAGUGAAAACACUACAGAUGAUAUCUUGCCUCAGGAAGGGGAAGAAGAUGCAGCGUCAACGGAGAACGUCUCCAAAGAGGAGCCCCGGCCAGUCGCAGAACCAGUGGCUGUAACCCGGAAGCGCCCGGAGUCUAAGUCUUACAGCACAUCAACAGAUGAAGAGGAGAAGCCCCCAGAGAAGUCCGAACCAAAGGAUUCUGAUUCCAAAUCGCCAUCGGGAUGGGGUUACUGGGGAAAUUGGGGCAAAUCAUUAAUGUCUACAGCUUCAGCCACUGUGGCUACUGUGGGUCAUGGGAUUUCUACUGCUAUUGAAAAGGCUGAGAGUUCCUUAGGGGUUCCCAGCCCUGUUGAGCUUUCAUUUAGAACCCGUGAAGAGCCAGCAGAAGAGGCCAUUUCUGGGGAGAGCGGUGGCGCCAAAGAGAGUGAAAGCUCGUCUCCUAUAACGGGGGCAUUCGGUUUUCUCUCCAGCAUCUCUACAGCAGUCCAAAGCACGGGGAAGACUGUUCUCACCGGAGGAUUAGAUGCCCUGGAGUUUAUCGGGAAAAAGACCAUGGACGUCAUUGCAGAGGGAGACCCAGGAUUCAAGAAAACCAAGGGACUUAUAAACAGAAACUCAACCUUAUCCCAAGUAUUGAGAGAGGCGAAGGAGAAAGAAGAACAGCGAGUCAGUGGCGCGGUUACCGCACAGACCGAUGGAAAGGCCCAUUACGGGCUCUUAUUUGAUGAGUACCAGGGUCUCGCACACCUUGAGGCUUUGGAAAUCCUCUCUAAAGAAAGUGAAGCGAAGGUGAAGUCCGUUCUUAGUGCGCUGUCUGGGGACCAGCUCGCCACGGUCAAAUCUGAGCUGGAGCCGUUAAAGGAAACCUUCUCUCUGGAGGAAUUUGAUGAUGAGGAUGAAGUGGAAAAAGGGGAUGAAGAUUUCAGCCAGGAGGUAACUGCGUUAUUCGAGGCGUUACAGAUCUCAGCCAAGCCGGAUAAACUGACCAGAGCGCGGAAAGCGGCUUACAGUUGGGUGGCCGGAGUGGCGGCACAGCAAACAAAGGGAAGCGAGGAACAGACUGACACAGAGGUCACGGAGGUCACAGAGCCGCAGAAGAAAACCACUGUUGAGGAAAUCCAUGACCUGGCGAUUCGCAGUCUGGCAGAACUAUCCGCCUGCUCUAUGGAAAUGUUCCACAAGUCGGCUACAUUAAUCCUUCACGGAGAGACGCAAGUGCCUGCCGUAUCAAGGGGAAAGGCCCUGUCCCAAAUGACAAUUACGUUGUGCAAAGAACUCUCACAGCUUUCAAAGAAGGUAACGACUUUGCUGACGACUACCGGGGCUUCAGAAAAGUCUGAUGUUUUGAACCCAUUAAUUACGGCCGUCUUUUUAGAGGCCUCUAACAGCGCUUCCUACAUCCAGGAUGCUUUCCAGCUUCUGCUGCCAGUCCUUGAAAUAUCCCAUAUCCAGAGCCAGACAUAAUCCACGUUUAAUUUAUCGGCCAAUGCUAUUUUCUGCUCUAUUGCUUCCUCCUCUGUUGACUUGGACCAUCCUUGGCUGUCACCACUGAGAUUAAAACCCAGUUUCCCAAUUUCUGACCACAAAACUAUCUGCUCAGAGGACGUCUCCCAACCCGGAACCAAAUGAGAAUCCAGAAAACCUCCAGUCGGAGUCAGCAGGGAAAUAACAACAGCCGUGCAUUGAAUUAAACCAGUCGGGCGGAUCGAGAGCUCUUUUCUUCUUGUAUUUUUCCUUUAUGAGUGCCGCCAUUGUGUGCGAUUCCGCAGGCAGCCAACGGAUACCAAGGUUCAACCCGGAUGUCUUUCAAAAUGUAACCUAAACAUCUAUACCUGUAGAGAUGUCCUCGCAGGGCUAUUGUGCCCAAUAUAUCACGUUCUCGUGCACGGUCCGUGGUUCCCACUGAUUAGUAUUAGUUAUACUGCUUCCGGACCUGGUGCCUCGCAGUGUCAGGGUGUGUUUCUUGAUGCUGAUGUGUCAUCCCUCUGUUUGUCCUGUAGAUAAAAGCUUGUCUACCGCCCUACUGUAAAAGUAUGUUUUAAGUACUCUUAUAAAUGCUAAACUCUGUAUUUUUAUCUUUUUGUAAGCAUCUAUAACCCUAAAACAGGGAAAAUAUACACAUAGCACCUCUUUGUCCCAAAUCUAAUAAUCUUUGGGGAAAUGGUUAAGCUGUUGGAAUUGGUGAUGCGUUCCUUUUUAACCUUAUUAAAGAGUUUGCGUAAUAGAGAAGGAAAGAAAA